AACAAUGAGGACUUACCUUCCCUUGCACACUUUCUCUUUCCCUUGCAAACAAAUGUCUGUCUGCUCUACCACUUAUCCCCCCAAAAGCGUUACGUUUGGCAUCUCUCUUUCUUACCUUAGUCACCAUAUUCAGUUCUCACUUUUCUCUUGCUUCCACUGACUACAAGCAACCGAAAAAGGAAUCUCAGUGAGAGAGAUUCAGCAACGGCAGCAGUAGGCUUAGAGGGAGCAAGGCUGGUUGAUUUGUUCAGAGAGAGGUGGGUUUUGCGGUUGGAGUUUGGAUAUGGCGUUCUUUUGUUGUGGAAGAUUAGAUCGGAAAGAGCGAGGGAAGAAGAAGCCGACAUGGAGGAUUUUCUCCUUGAAGGAAUUGCAUUCAGCUACGAACAACUUUAACUACGACAACAAGCUAGGGGAAGGGGGAUUUGGCAGUGUUUACUGGGGUCAGCUUUGGGAUGGAUCUCAAAUUGCAGUGAAAAGGUUGAAAGUUUGGAGCAACAAAGCAGAUAUGGAAUUUUCUGUGGAGGUUGAGGUACUAGCACGCGUUCGGCACAAAAAUUUGCUUAGUUUACGUGGUUAUUGUGCUGAAGGGCAGGAGCGUCUUAUUGUAUACGACUACAUGCCAAAUUUGAGCUUACUUUCCCAUCUUCAUAGGCAACACUCAGCAGAAUGUGUUCUUGAUUGGAACAGACGGAUGAAUAUCGCAAUAGGGUCAGCGGAGGGAAUUGCCUAUCUUCACAACCAUGCAACUCCACAUAUAAUUCACAGGGACGUCAAAGCUAGCAAUGUCUUACUGGAUUCAGAUUUCAAUGCCCAAGUCGCAGAUUUUGGAUUUGCCAAGUUGAUUCCUGAUGGUGCUACCCACGUAACUACACGAGUUAAGGGUACUCUAGGCUAUCUUGCCCCCGAAUACGCUAUGCUAGGGAAAGCAUCAGAAAGCUGUGAUGUCUACAGCUUUGGUAUUCUCUUGCUGGAGCUCGCCAGUGGCAGGAAACCGAUUGAGAAACUGAAUUCAACGAUCAAGCGAACAAUUACAGAUUGGGCUCUGCCGUUGGCUUGCGAAGGAAAGUUCACUGAAAUUGCUGACCCAAAGCUAAACAGCAAGUUCGUUGAGGAAGAGUUAAAAAGAGUUGUUCUGGUUGCACUUGUUUGUUCUAACAGUCGACCUGAGAGACGACCCAACAUGCUUGAGGUGGUAGAGCUGUUGAAGGGAGAAUCAAAAGAAAAGUUCUCUGAAAUCGAAAAGAACGAACUAUUCAAGGUGCACGAGGCUGCUGGUUUCAACGAUGUGCCAGCCAAUGAAGACAACUCGGACUUUAUCUCAGAGGAGAAGGAGGUGAAGCAGGAGUUGAAUGAAGAAAAACCACAGGACAAGGAAUCCAUAUAGUAGUUGAAGUUGCUAUGAAGAUACAAGCGACCUCAGGUUCUAAGCUGAAGCAAGGCUGCAUCGUAGAUUUGCUAGUUCAAAAUGGUGCUUUUUGAGUGAUACAGAAUGUGUGUUUCUUUUUCUUUUCUUUUACACCACUUGUGGUCUCAGUAUUUCCCUUCCUUCUUCAGCUUUCUAAAUGCUCAUUGCUUGUUAUUUUAUCUUGCAACUCCCAGUGAAGUUCCCAAAGCUGCUGAGUUUGUACUUAAUACUUUUAAGUCUGCACUCAAUAUUUUAUCAAGAUUGUUCGACUUAA